UAUAAUAGGUAAUUUGUAUAUAGCUAAAUAUCAACUGUGUAUUACUAUUAUUUGAAAACAACAGGUGUUCAUGAAUACAAACAAAUUUCUUUUUGUACUUCCAUGCUAAGUGGCCACUGCUCACACAUUAUUGGGCUCUUAAAAACCUUACAAGGAUUCAAGCUGCACAAUUUAACAUCAGUCCCAGAACAGCAGAGUUGUACGAGCAUUCCAAGACAGUGGGGCCAUCUAAGAGGGAUGAAAAUAAAGCCAAUACCAAUGAGCCAUGUUGUGGUGGAAAGACCCACAGCAGAAGUCAGAAAACGAAAGCCUGUAUUGUGUCAGUUGAACACACAGAAGAAACUUCCUCUUGUUGAGUCUUCUGAUGUUAAAAAACUGAGACAACUCGAUGGAACGCCACUGGGGUAUAUUUUAUCAGAAGAUGGACCUACAGUGGAUACACUUUUUGGGAAAGUACCUGUUGGCUCACUGUUAUCAUAUCAGACAAGAAACUUAAAACAUAUAGAAGCCUCUGUGGGAACUGGAUGCGGCAAUACACUAUUUCCAAAAACAGCACACGUGAAGUUAACAGAUGAAUAUCUUUGCUUAAAUAAAGACUUUGCCCUGGUUGAUGCAGAAAAAAUGGAAAGCCAGACAUAGGGACAGGCAAGCUGCCAGUUAUGGAAAACAUCAAGGGCCAAAUGAAUAACAGCGUCAAAUUUUGGGAAAGUUUUACAACUCAAGUCUGUGCCAUCUUCAAAAUUCUUGGAGAAUAUAUUUAACACCAAAGAAAUAUCAGCUGCUCCCUUGGAAUAUGGCAGAAGAAAUGAACCAAAAGCAAAAGCCAAGUAUCUUGAACUGUAUCAUACAAGACACAUACAUGAAUGUGGACUGGUGGUAAAUAAAGAUUUUUGUUUUUAGGUGCCAGCCCAGAUGGUAAAGUAUGUGAUAACAAUGAUUGUGGCAUAAUUGAGGUCAAGUGCCCAUAUACUGCAAGAGACCAUACAGUUAAUCAAGCAGUUGAUGAACUUAAAAAAUUUAUUUUGAAAAGGGAAGGCAAUUCAAUUAUUUUGCCUCAGAAUCAUCAAUACUAUGACCAGGUUCAAGGACAGCUGAUGGUAACUGGCUCAAAGUUUUGUGACUUUGUAGUUUAUACCAAUAAAGACUUGCAUGUUCGGCGGAUUUAUCCGAAUAUUGACCAUAUGCAAAACA